GUUAGGGUUAGGGUUUGAAUCUUUAACUGCUGGGGAUUACUAUAGUUCUCCUUCUAUUCAGCGUAAUUCAUUUCCAGAAUCAUCGUUGAUUGAUAUGGGAAAGAAAGAGAAGAAGGUGAAAGCGGAAGAGUAUUCUUCACCUGAAGAAGAUAAAAGAAAGAGGAAAAAUCCAAUUGAAGCUGCUAUCAGUGAUGAUGAUGCAGAGGCCAACGAGGACCUCAGCUUGAAAAUCGUUCAGAAAGCCAUGCUGCGAACUUGUAGUAUUGAUCCCCGAAGCAAUGGGGUUUCUGAAAUAGUUACGAAUUUGAAGGAAGAGAAGAAGAAAAAGGAGAAAAAGAAAAGGAAGAAGAGCGACGGAUUUGAAGUUCCGGUGGAUCCUGGUUCAACUGACGUAGAUACGGGUUUUAGAGAUUUCUGCGGAGACUUGUUUCUGGUGGAUAAUGUGAUUGACAAAGAAAAGACAGAGGCUGAUAAAGCCAUUGAGAUUUCUGAUAAAGCAGUUGAAACAAAUCCUGUUGACGUGUUGGACAAUGCUGUUCUGAGGAAGCUUCUUCGGGGGCCUAGGUACUUCGAUCCUCCAGACAACAGUUGGGGAGCAUGCUAUAAUUGUGGGGAAGAGGGUCAUACAACUGUCAACUGUACUUCAGCCAAGCGCAAGAAACCUUGUUUCGUGUGUGGGAGUUUUGAACAUAAUGCGAAACAAUGUUCCAAGGGACGCGAUUGCUUUAUAUGCAAGCAACACGGGCACCGUGCAAAAGAUUGUCCUGAGAAAAACAAGAGUUCUAAGAUAUGUCUAAAAUGUGGGGAUUUGGGACAUGAUAUGUUCUCAUGCAGGAAUGACUAUUGCCCUGAUGAUCUCAAGGAAAUACAAUGUUACAUUUGCGGAAGAUUUGGCCAUCUCUGUUGUAGAAAUUAUAGCGAUCCUGGUCCAAGAGAGGUUUCCUGCUAUAGAUGUGGGCUGUCAGGCCAUACUGGUUUGGCUUGUACAGGGUCUCAUUGGGACACAAAUGGCAUAGUAUCUGCUCAUUCAUGCUACAAGUGUGGUUUAGAAGGACAUUUUGCUCGGGAAUGCACCAACUCAAAAAGGGCUGGUAAGAGAAAUCGUGAACCAUCAACACCCAAGCAGAUAUCUUCCAAGAGUAAUAGGGAUUGGGAUCAUACUGAUGUCAGGUCCGCACCUCAUGAUCUUGGCAAGUCACGCAGAAAGAAGAAAUCCCAGCAUGCCGAAUUUGCUUCAGCAGUACAGAAGAAGCACAGAGGGGGUUGGAUUACUGAAGAUCCUGGGGAUUAUUACAGUACUAAGACCAAAUCAAAUAAUUGGAGAUCCCCAGUGACGCCAAAGGACAGAAGAUCUAAGAUAUCCACCUCAAACGGUGAUUAUGCAUCAAGUUCUCGUUCUUCUAAAAAGCCUCGGAAGCUCAAUUUUAACAAUUCCACAUCCAAUGGGUCAUCAAAAUUCUAUCAUCAUAGGUAUUCAGCAUCAAGAUUUGGCAACAGCAGUAAUGACUGGGGGGGAAGAAAUUAUGAAUGGUGGUAGAUUGUAUAAAUAUGGAUGUAGUUAUUAUUUGGUGUAUUUUCUGGCAAUAUCGGGAGCCACUUUGGAUCUAUCGGGACUUUUCUGAGACCUAGGUGAUGAUGCUAGAGAUGUUCCCUUGGCCCUCCCCAAAUACAUCAUAUAUCUGAGAAAGCUGCAAGCAGUACUGCCAAUGGCUCCUAGGAACAUACGAAUGUAAGCUGGUGGAAAGGCCGAAUUGGCAGUCCAGUUGUUUUGGGCCAUCCUCUUUGGUUUUCCUCAUAGGUCAAUUUGGUUGAACUGUAGGAUAUAGAUCACUGCAUAUAAUGUUCUGUGCGAUGCAUACCAAAAUCUGCUCUUUUUUUUCAGUUGCCAAAUUGUACGAUUACCGUGUGAAUCUGCCUUUGGAUUUUAUACUUACAUCUCGCCAAUUGGUGCAAGCUGUUAUAACUUGUUAUUCAUAAGUAUUGUCCUUUCCCAUGUUGUUUA